GUUAAACACAGUAAAAUAAUGCGAUAAUAAGCAAUAAAUGUAAGUACUCCGGGAGCCGUACAUUAGCUCAAUGUGACAUUGACAUUUGACGUUGUCGGUUCGCUGUGUGUAUGUGUCCAUUCAUAAUCAGUUAAAAAGUUCUAUAGUAACAGAAUCAUUUAUUUAUAAAUUAUAAACUUGACCGGAAGGUUAAGAGAGCGGCAGUUAGUCAGCUAUUGAUAGUUCUAUAAUGGAAUUAGUGCAUUAAAAUUUCAAAUAAACGUACCAUGGCAACGUUAAUGAAGUGCAAACAUGUAUCGGUUCUUGUUAAAUUAAUUAAUAAAACAUCUUACAUUAAGAAUGUAAAUAGAGGCGCAGAUUUUCAUACAAGUUUGAACUUACAAAAGAUCAUUCCCUUUAAUUUAUCUGACAUUGGAGAAGGAAUUAGAGAAGUCACUGUUAAAGAAUGGUUUGUCAAAGUCGGUGAUAAAGUUGAGCAAUUUGAUAACAUUUGUGAAGUACAAAGUGAUAAAGCCUCGGUUACAAUUACCAGUCGUUAUGAUGGAGUUGUUGCAAAAAUUCAUCAUGAUGUAGAUUCUGUUGCUCUUGUGGGAAAGCCAUUAGUGGAUAUUGAUAUUGAAGAUGAUGGAGAUGAUAAAGCUGAGACAGAUGGAAGUUCAUCAAGUGACGGUGAAGCUCCAAAGCCUGCUGCAGCACAAAAAACUGAAACAAGUGAACCUGUAGCAGAGGAAAAAACAAGUAAGAAGGUUUUGGCUACACCUGCUGUUAGAAGAAUAGCAAUGCAAAAUAAAUUAGACCUGAGUACAGUACAAGCAACAGGCAGAGGUGGUAGGGUUCUAAAAGAAGAUAUUUUAGUUCAUCUUAAUCAAACGGCUGAUGGUAAACCUAUGUCAGCAGAAGUUCAAGAAAAGAUUAUGGCCGGUAGACAAUCUCAACAAGCAGAGACUGUUGUGAAAGAAGAUUAUAUGGUGCCCAUUAAAGGUGUACAGAAAGUUAUGUUUAAGACCAUGAAUGAUGCUUUGAAAAUACCUCACUUUGCUUGCAGUGAAGAAAUCAAUAUAACCAAAUUAGUUGAAUUGCGUAAUUCUGUAAAAGAAAUUGCAGCUCAAAGCGGCAUAAAAUUAACCUUUAUGCCAUUCUUCAUAAAGGCUGCAUCGAAGUGCUUAGAAAAAUAUCCAAUACUCAACAGUUCAAUUGAUGAUAAAGAAGAAAAUAUUAUAUUUAAAGGUGCACACAACAUAACGAUUGCCAUUGAUACACCUCAAGGCCUUGUAGUUCCAAAUGUGAAAAAUGUGCAGGCUAAAAAUAUAUUACAAAUAGCAGCAGAGGUGAAUAGGCUGCAAGAAGCAGGCUUGAAAAAUUCUUUGAGGCCCGAAGACUUUGCUGGUGGAACUUUCACAUUAUCAAACAUUGGAAAUAUGGGAGGUACAUACACACAUCCAGUUAUCUUAGCACCGCAAGUGUCUAUUGGAGCAAUUGGUAAAGCACAGGUGUUGCCACGAUUUGGACCCGAUGGUGAAUCAAUUGUAAAAGCUCAUAUUCUUACUGUUAGUUGGUGUGCAGAUCACAGAGUUAUUGAUGGAGCGACAAUGGUGAACUUUUCAACACAAUGGAAAAAAUAUUUGGAAAAUCCCAAUUUACUAAUGCUCGACUUGUGAAAAUUGAAAAAUAAUUUUAAGAUUUCAGUUUAAGAAACCAGAUGCAUUUGUAGAAUAAUUAAACUCGAUUAAAAUUUAUAGAUCUGUUGUGAUAAGUGCAUUUUAGAACUGUGAUCACAAAUGAAGGCACAAGCAGGCUAUACCUCUAGUUCGUAUAAUGGAUUUGAGUGUAUUUUAUAAUUGUCUAGCCAUAAAGUGUUUUCUGCAGUAAACAUUGACCUAAUUGUGCCUUCAUAAACAUUAAAAUUCUGUCUUCCAUAAAAUUAGAAUAAACAAAUUGUUAUAUUUACCUGUUAAUAUUGACAUCUAGACUGAGGGAUUGAUUUAGUUAAUGAAU